AUGGAUAUCGAUAAAGCGCGUUUAGAGAAGCUUGAGAAGUUCAAGGGUAUGAGUGAUCAAGUGCGCAUCGGUGGUAAGGGGACUGCUCGUCGAAAGAAAAAGGUUGUUCACAAGAAUGCGGCUGCUGACGAUAAGAAACUGCAGAGUUCUCUUAAAAAGCUCAGUCUUAACACUAUUCCUACGAUUGAGGAGGUCAACAUGUAUAAAACAGACGGCACAAUGAUACAUUUUAAGAACCCAAAGGUUCAGGCUGCGCCGCAAGCCAACGUAUUUGCAGUUACUGGGCAAGCUGAGUACAAAGCACUGAAUGACUUGUUUCCAAAUAUGUUAAACCAGUGGGAGAAUGCGAAGCUACGCCUUUCUAAACUGAGUGAAGGUGCAAAGGCAGCAGACUCCAAAGCCGAGGACGGAGAUGAUGAUGUACCUGAUCUCGUUGAAGAUUUUGAUGAGAAAAGUCGUUUGGAAUAA